AUGAGUAAAGUUGUCAAGAAGACAGACCGUAAGAAGUCGAUGACGCGUGGUGAUGGUGCCAAAUCAGCCCGAAAACCAAGUCUGAACGUGGACAGAAAACAAAGCAUAAAAACAGAAAGAAAAUCCAGUGUUGAUCCUGAAAGAAAACAAAGUUUGAUGGUGGCAGAUAGAAAAUUAAGCAUCAACUCUGAAGAGAGAAAUAUGUCGAUGGAAACUGCAGGAACACAACGAAAAGCGUCGACGUUUGCCGAAAGACGAUCGUCAAUUAUCGGCGAUACUCGGAGAGGGUCGAUCUUAGAACCAAUGAUUGGGCGUUCGGCGCUUAUAACGACGUCGGCACAAGGACAACGCCCCGUCAAUAUAAUAUUAGAAAACACAUACAAAAAUUGUCCUGACAAAGUAGUCCGGAAUGACGAUAUCAGAAGAUGUAUACAGGAAGUGUUCGAACAGGAGCUACCCGAAACAACUUACAGCGAGGAAGAGUGCUGCAUUUUGUCCAAAAGAUUGGCCGAAAUGAUCAAACAAAGCGUGAAAUCGUUGGUACAGCGGCACAAAAUCAUUACUGUAGUGGCCCUUGGUCAGCGCCAGGACUACUCGCCAUCGGUCGCCUUCACCAGUCGCUGCGUGUGGAACGCUAACUUCGACACGUUCUCAGAAUAUACGUACAAGAACACGUCGUUAUACGCUGUAGGGCUGGUAUAUGUGUUGUACGCUGAGUGA